AUACUGGGUCUCCGAUAACCUAUAUCUGCGAGGAUGUAUUAAAUUCAUUUGGUGUGUCUUCUACCGAACCAAGUCAAAAAAUUUUUGCACGAAUUCAUAGUAGAAAUAUUCCGGUUAUUAUGUCACCAACAAAAUCGCACUUCAGUGAAAUAAAUGUUCUAGGAAUGGAGUUUAUGAGAACAUAUGAUGCAGAACUAAACGUUUAUUUCGAAAGGGAGUGCUUUUCUUUAAAAUUUGAUCAAAGACUUUGA